AUGGAAGGCCUCAGUGUACUCAUGGUGUCGUGGUGGGUUCUGUGGAAGACGGCAAUGCUCCUGGAGAUUUUGGCGAACCAUGCGUAUUACCGGUCCGCAUUAGCCAAGCGGCGAAGCUCCGCAACACCAACCUUCGGCUACCAUCUCUGUGAUUCCGUCUACGCGUAUUCGUACUCGGUGCUGGGUUUCCAGCUGGGCUGGCAGGCUCUGCAGUUGUCUGCUCACUUUGUCUACCAAGCCACACCGUAUUCCUGGUCUGCCAUUGGCAUUCUGCUGAUGCUCGGGCUGCGAGCUGCAGUGGCUUCGUUUGGGCAAGGAGUCAAAGCUGUUAUGCAUUGGUCCAUGCACCGCAUGUUGCAUGUCCAGCCUUUCUACACCUGCUGGCACAAGGAGCACCAUUUCGCAGCGUCACAGACAUGUUUGACGGCCUGUCAAGACUGCGGAUUGCUAGAGAGCGGCGCAGAGGCAGCGUACGUCAAUCUCUGCUUCGUGUUCGUCCCCUUCUUUGACAAUUGCGCAUUCAUGUGGAGAUCCUUGUACAACACUUUGAUCCACCACUAUUACGAGGAGUACCGCAAUUGGCAUUGGAAGCUGGCAGGGCAGAUGAUUUUAGCGCAGAAGCGUGUCAACCAAAUAGUCUCUUUUGUUGCAUGGGGUUCGUCUCUCUGCAAGCUCAUGCCCUUUAUUCAGAUCUGGCCUUCUUUUGCGAAGAACCUGCAAUAUCCCUCGGCAGAUUAUGCUUCUGCACACUUUGCGGACGGCUCCAUUGAGAAGCACUGGCACGGAAGGCAUCACUGGACCACAGAGAAGCAUUUUGGAUAUGGGACAUAUGACAGCAUCUCCAAUCUGGCCUCGGAUUCCAGCCAGGAGAAUCAGGAAGAGCAAAUGGUGCUUGAUUUGCAGAACACUUAUUCGCAGGAAGAGAAGGAGAAGAGCACAAGUCACAGAGGACAAUCUGCAGUGAUGGUCUCCACAGAUUCUCGUAUUGACGCCUGGGAGAAGGCGUUGUCAUCGGACGAGCCACAUGGCUUGAUGAGUGGAUUCCUCAUUUCCGUGGGCUGUGCGUGCGCUGUACUGUGGGCUCUGGAGAUGUGUGAGAUAAGUUUCGCACAGAGCCGGUUUGCUGGCCCAAUGGUGUGUGGCGACGCUGGGAACCAGAGCAAUGCUGACCACCCCACGUGGGAUGCGUGCCGCCGUGGCUCUGGGUCCAAGACUCAGGUACAGAUGAUCCUGGGCGGUAUCGGAUUCCUACAAGCUAUGGCCUACAUCGGCUUCAUCUUGGCCUUGUUCCUGCCAGCAGAUGCUGCGGUAUGGUUCCUGCUGAUCUUCUUCCGAUCCCUGGGGGGCUUCUUUGGCGGAUUCGCUAACCUAGCCGCGAGUUGGCUUGCCUUCGAGAUGACCCCGCCAGAGGAGCUCAUGAACUUACAGACAUCAAACCAAGCGUGCUUUGGCAUGGGGCAUUGUAUGGGUGGCGUAAUGUCCUCGCUGGCUCUUGUCUUCUUCCACUUGAAUGGGAUGGAACAAAGUUCUGCCAAAGUUCGUCAAGCCGGGGCAGCGCCUGCCAUGCUGUUCGUAGCAGUGAACGUGCUCUUGUUGGCAAUGAUUGUGCUGCUAGUGCCGCGUCGGUCGCCCGAAAGGGCCAUUGAGACGACGGCUUUGCCUGCUGCCGAGGGUGAUAAGGCAAAAGCGCCGGCUGGCCUGGCUCUGAUCCUGGACGACUCCGACAGGAAUUUGGUCUUCCGCACCGGUGUGAUUUACAACUUUGAGCGCUCAUUCUCCGUUGGCGCGAUCGAAGUUGCGACCACCAUGAUUUCUGAGGUGGAGUUUGGAUUUUCACCUGUGACUACCGGCUGGAUUUUCGGGUUUAUCGCGCUUGGCUCUGCUGUCGCCAACAUUUUGGUUAGCUUCACGCCCGCAAAUAUUGACUCACGCGUCUUGGGCGGAAGUUGGGCACAUAUCCAGGUCACUUCAAAUUAA